AACGCCGAACGCCGUCCUCAAGUCAGAGAUAGACACCAAGACUUUAACUGUGACACACAGGCUCUUACACACAGGAUCUGACCACAGCUCAGACCCAGAGAGACUGGGGCUGGGGAGAAUGGGCAGUCCUCCUGCUCCCAGCUCAGAGUAUUUACCAGUAUUUCACCAGAGCCAGAGGACAGUUAAUUCCCGUGGAGAUGGUGAAGGUGACGCGUUAGACACUGGUGUUGAUGAUCCAUCUUGUUCUUACACUACAGACAUGGACCCUGGCAACAUAUCCUUGGGUUUAGAGACACAGACUGAUCUGUCUAGAGGGGACUGGAACCAGUAUAGUUGUAGUGUAUACUCUGAAGGGUGCCUAGAUAAGAAAGAGGAGGGUCUGGUCGUAGAUGAAGUGACUGUGAAAGUGGAGGGCGACGCUCCUCUGACAUGGAAUGCAGACCAGACUGACUUAGGAGAAGGACACUCACAGGGCAGCACCAGUGACGAUUUAGACUACAGGGAAAGCUUAGAGACAACCCACUCCCCUUUACAUGCAGUCCCGACCCAGUGUCCACGUCGAUGGGGCCUUCCGAUUCACACGGCCGCAUCCUUUUUGAUCAGGUAUUGAACUCAAACGACAGGGCUAGAGCUCAGGGAGCCACAUCAGGUAAUAAUAAAGAUAAACGGUUCCUCUGCAUGUUCUGUAACAAAGGCUUCAGCUGCCUCCAGAAGGUGGAGAUCCACCAGAGGGUCCACACAGGGGAGAAACCAUUCAGCUGUACCCAGUGUCAUAUGCACUUCGCCCAGGCUGGCAACCUGAAGAGGCACCAGAGGGUCCACACAGGGGAGAAACCAUACAGUUGCCCCCAGUGUGAAAAGAGGUUCUCCCACCAACACCAACUGAAGAUGCACCUGAAGGUCCACACGGAAGAGAGGCCAUUUGCCUGUACGCACUGCGGGAAGAGGUUCUCAGAGAGGAGCUACCUCAGGAUACACCAACAGAAAAACCAUUCCACUCUAUAAAAUAGAAAGAAACCAUUCCACUCGAUAGCUUCUGACAUUUCAAUCAAACCCUGCAUUAAAGCUGGACUCAGCAAGAUGACGGACAUGCACACAGUAAACAACAGUAGUGGGUCAAUUUGCGCAACAAAUAAGCGUGAGGCUUAACUUCUCUGCGGUUUUGGUACCACAGUUACCACGUUGUAGUAACGUGAAGCGAAUCCGUGUGCAUGCACAGAUACUCUGUGUGACUGUGAGAGAGCAAAGUCUGGCAUCACGCUCAUCAAAUAUAUCUGCAGUUCUGAUAGUGGAAACCUCAUAGCGCUGAGUCUUCCUUUAAAGAUGAAGGUUCAUUUUGAUUGUUGUCAGAAUGAUGGGAAUAACAGAUUUCUGUGUUGAAUAUUCCUGGGUAGAAUAUUUUAUUCAAGCAUUGUGUGAUAAAUAAAGACAUAUAUAAGCUUAAUGAGUCUCUUACAUAGUGUUUGUACUAUGUAGGCAAUAUGAUGUUCACAAAUGCCUAUUUCAUUACUUCCAUUCAACUACUUAAUUUUGUGCCCCAAGACAUUUUUAAUGAGAAAAUGAAGGCAGUUCAUCAAGUCCAUGCAGAUUUGUUGUUGAGCUGGAAGUACGUGGUGGUUUUCAUAUGGUGUAUUUAAAACAUGUUUAUGCUUAAUAAACAUAAAAUGGGACUUUU